AUGGAGUACGGGUACCUGGGGGGCGCCGGCGGCGGCUUCGACGGCGGCUGCCUGGGCUCGGGCGGCGGCGAGCUGUCGUGGGGCGAGCUGGCCUCGUGCGGCCAGAUGUCGCAGGCCGCGUACCGCUACCAGGGCAUGCGCUACCAGCCGCCGCCGCCGCAGUGCGCGCGCCCGCAGGAGGCCAUGAGGAACCACCACAUCUUCCCACCAGCCAUGAACUUACAACCGGGACUUCCCUACAAGGUGUACGGCGGCCACGAAGGCUCGCUGACGGAGAAGCGCAAGCAGCGGCGCAUACGCACCACGUUCACGUCGGCGCAACUCAAGGAGCUGGAGCGCGCUUUCCAGGAGACGCACUACCCUGACAUAUACACAAGAGAGGAGAUCGCUAUGAAGAUCGAUCUGACUGAGGCCAGGGUGCAGGUAUGGUUCCAAAACCGGCGCGCGAAGUUUCGCAAGCAGGAGCGACUCGCGCAGCAGAAGGCCGGCGAGGCGCCGGUAAAAGCUGAGGGCAAGCGCGACAAGCCCGCCUCCCCCGCUGCGUCCCCGCAUCCAGCGCCGCCUGCGCCCGCGCCGCAGCCCGCGCACCAUGCCUUGCCGCAUCUCUCGCCUCCGGAUCUGAAGCCUAUCACCUCCUCAGGUAACAAGCUGUGUGAGGAGAUAAACGGCAUCGGCGGGGGCGCAGGCGGGCCGCCGGUGAGUGGCGCGGGCAAGUGGGCCGGCGGCUGCGGCUUGCUGCGCCAGACCUCGGGCUUCCCACUGCUGGGCGUGGCUCCCCCCAACUACCUGUUGUCGGACCACCUCGGCACUCUCGCCAAAACGAAUAAUCAUCUUUUCUAAUGGAUGUGCCGCGACCUCUGCCCCGCUCGUCCUCACGACUCGCAUCACCCACGGCAGACCCGCCCGGCGCGCGCCCUUUGUGCGCGAUCCAAGACAAUCAUUAAUCUGCAUUCCAUGUGACGCUGCGCGUGUGUGUUGAUCUCAAAGUGAACUCCUUAAACGAGACUACAAAGUGAAUGAUUCGAGUGAACGAAAGAUUUUCAAGUGCCAAAUGUUUGUGUCCAUUAAGAUAUCGCAAUAAUGAACUUUUAAACCAAAUUUUAGAUGUAUUUAUUGUAUAAACGUACGAAUUACAUAUACGAGGGUGUAUAAUAAUUAUAAAAAUUGUUAAAGUAAAAUUAUGGUAGGUAAAAUUGGAUAUAAUAUACUGGAAAAUAAAAUUUGUGUGUGAUAACGUGUAAAUAAGCAUUCCACGACGUGUAUACGUUUACUGAAGUAUACCUUCUUGCUAGAUCUUCGUAUUCCAAUAAUUAAAAGUGUUCUACUUAAGUUUUUAGCUUUAUUUAUUAUGUAAUUUUAUUUGAAGCUUCUAGUGGCAAUUAUACGUUUUCCUUUUACGUUUACCUAAGAUAGUAAUAAUUCUAGUCAUAUCUAGUGAAAUGAAUAAUUUAUAAAAAUCAAAUUAUUAUAAAAGACAAUUGCAUAUUGACUUAUUUUGUAUAUCAAUGCGUAUAUUACGUCUAGUACUGCAUUUCUCUUUCGACAAAUUGUCUUUCAAGGGGUUGAUAAGUGUUGUAAAUAUGUAAUAAACUAACUGUACAUAUGCAUUAUAGUGAUGUACCUUGAGUGUAUGUAACUAUGACGAAUUUGUGGAGGGUGUUUUAAUAAAGAGCGUAACAAGUGA